CCCGCAGGGCGCUAGUUGCUAUGGUGAUCGCAGCCACAGGCCCCACCAGAACAGGCCGCGCAGCUUCCAGAGCCUUUGCCACCUCCGCGGGACACUCUGCAAGGAUGAGGUCCUCGCUAACACCUUUGGGGCCGCCGGUUAGCAGGGACCGCAUCAUCACCAGCUUCCCUAAGUGGUACACACCUGAUGCCUGCCUGCAGCUCAAGGAACACUUCCAUGGACAGGUCAGCGCCACCUGCCAACGCAGGAACACAGGGACCGUGGGGCUGCGGCUCUCCAAGGUGGUUGUCGUUGGCGAUCUCUACGUGGGCAAGACCAGCCUCAUCCACAGGUUUUGCAAGAAUGUCUUUGACCGUGACUACAAGGCCACCAUCGGGGUAGACUUUGAAAUUGAACGCUUUGAGAUCGCUGGCAUCCCCUACAGCCUGCAGAUCUGGGACACAGCAGGGCAGGAGAAGUUCAAGUGCAUUGCAUCUGCCUACUACCGGGGUGCCCAGGUGAUCAUCACAGCCUUUGACCUCACUGACGUGCAGACCCUGGAGCACACCAGGCAGUGGCUGGAGGACGCACUAAGAGAGAAUGAGCCGGGCUCCUGCUUCGUGUUCCUUGUGGGAACAAAGAAGGACCUUCUGUCAGGGGCUGCAUGUGAGCAGGCAGAAGUGGAGGCUGUGCGUCUGGCCAACGAGAUGAAGGCGGAGUACUGGUCGGUGUCAGCUAAGACAGGGGAGAACGUGAAGGCAUUCUUCAGCCGCGUAGCUGCCCUGGCGUUCGAGCAGUCGGUUCUACAGGACUUGGAGAGGAGGAACAGCGCCCGGCUCCAGGUCGGCGAUGGAGACCUCAUCCGAAUGGAGGGGAGUCCACCUGAGACCCAGGAGAGCACGACAUCCUCCAGCCUGGGUUGCUGUUAGCUGGAGCCUGCACCAGAAGCCUCUACUCGCUGCACACACAUGGGCAGUGCCUUCCGCGACCGUGGAGUGGUGACGUGAAGCCAUCUGUGUCUGCCCACCCACCGUCCUGAGCCCCAGAGCUCAGCCUCUGCUCGUUAGCAGGUUGGGAGCCAAAAAAGGCCCACACUGGCUGCCCAGGAGUACCCCCACAGCCCUGCUGGUGGGUGCACUGCAGUGAUCUUCUGGAAGGCCAGUGUCGCCUACAGAGUUGCCAGACACUCACCGCCCCCAGCCUUGAAAGUCCUCAGAACCACAGACAUGAGACCCUGGUGACUCAUGGCCCGCCUCUCUCGCCCUUGGCACACAUGAGCUGCCCACACAGGCACUCUGCCAGCUUUCCUAGGUCAGCCUCAGGAUCCUUGUCUUCUCAGUGGUGAGGGCAAGCAGGACUUGUCAAAAGCCAGCAUGUGAGGGAAAACCCACCUGUCAUCCCUGCUUGGUCCUUUCCUGUAAUCACCAGGACUUGCAGUUCUAGGCCUCAGAGCCCUAGGCCUCACUGCCCACUGUCCCUCUGCCACAGAUUUGUGGAAUCCCUGGGCAGCCUUGCUCCUCUGAUGGAGGAUAGACAAGAGGGUCUCUCAGGCUCCUUCUGGCCAAGAGAUCAUCUUUGGCUUCUCCUUGAUUCCUAGGAUCCUGUCCUGUUGGUCAGUGGACGAGGAUGGGCUAAGCAGGCCAUUCAUGCCUCUCUGGCCCAGCUGGACAAUGAAUUUCUCUGGCUGUGCUAUGGGAAGGAGGCUGCCCAGCUGCCCCUGGGGUGAAUUACCUCUGCAUGCCUUGUGUAUGGCACUGUCCUGCGGUUACUGGCAAUAGUCACCCAGAUGCUGCUGGGCCAGUGCCCAUAAUUGCCUCGCCGUCCCUCUCUCCCUCUGACCUGCACAGGAAAGGCCUGGAGAAUGAGAAAACGCUAGGUGUGUGCCUCUCAGUACCUUCAUGGUGGCAUCCGUGGAUCUUUGGAGGAUGUCAGAGGCCCUCCAGAGUCUAGCCAGUUCCCCAUCUACACCACCCCUUACUGCACAUCCAGAACAGGCAGGAACAAUUCAGGCCUCCCCUCCCCAGCUCCCACCCAGAGUACCUGCGAUCCCUAGCCCCUCGUGUUGCUCUUCUGUGGAGGCUGUGAACUUCCCCCCGCCCCUCCCCCACAGCCCUGGGAUGAGCCCACUUAUCCCCAUCCACCCCAAUCCACAAGGAGAUGGACACCUUGGGGUAUAUCCUACCUGCUUCUCUGAGAUGGUAGGCAUUUUGCAAACAGCUCCUCUGGUCAGUGCCCCCCCCCCACAGCGCCUGGCACACUGGGAGGGCCCAGCGCAAGCUGGUUGGCCCACAGCAAUUUGCCAGAUGCUGGUUGGGGAAAAACACCGGCAUCUUUUUCUAUUCAGUCCCCCUUCACCAUAUUUUAUUGCUCAUUUUUUACAGAUCUAAAACACUUCUUUACAUAUAUCACUCUUGAAGGAAUUCUGUGCUUGUUUAUUGUAAAUCAAAACAAGACACUACAAGGCUUUGUAUGCAGAGUGAAAGCCCACCCCCCACUCCCGUCCUUGGAAGUAAGUGUUGUUAACAGCUGUGGGAGUCCUUCCAGAUUAUUCCUGGGCAGCAUUGCCACAUGUGUUGUCUCAUUUGCUGUUUGGCCAGAAUGAUCUCUCACCACACAUGCUGCCCGGCAGCCUGCAUUCUGGUUGACCUGCGGGAGCCCUGUGUGCACAUGGACCCGGCUUAUUCCUUUAGCAGCUGCCAGUUUUCCUUUGGGCGAUGGACCAGAGUCCCAAGUGCCCUGCCCUCUGAGCAGGACAUGAGGUUUGUGUCCAGCUUCAACCUUUUACUGAAGUUACUGUGGUGACCAUCCUUGUGGUUGUAGCUGGGUACACUCGGGAUUCCCAAAGAGAACUUGCUGGCCCUUCUGAGGACUGGUGGCCCAGCUUGGUCCACUCGACACAAUCUUGGAAUGGGAGGUUGGGGGGUGCAGGCUGCACCAGGACCAGGUUUGUGGCACACAACAGAAAACGUCAUGGGAUGGAGGAGCCCAGUCACAGUGGGCUGGCCUCUCCAAGGGCGCCCUCUCCUCCUGCCUUCAGGUCCCCGGAUUAGGGGGGCAAUAAUGGGGACCUGCUAAUAGCUGCUGAGCUGGAACCACAGUGUCUCAGGCGCACCCACUCUCUGUAAGUAGCCCUUUAUUAAACUCUCCCUGUGUUGUCCAC